CCUGGACCUGCAGCUAGCCAACCGGCGACUCUAUCGGAAUAAGGACAGUGGAUCCAAAUGAUAUCCUCUUAGAGUAUAGGUAAUAGGUAUUUAUUCUAAUCCACCCGCACCAACUGUAGAUGGUUAUAAUGACUACCUACUAUCUACGUGAAUAGAACGAGCUCAAUUCGUUAUUAGUUCUUCAAUAGCAUUCACAGAACGAUAAGCCAAAAUUAGGCGCAAUGGUGUUACCUUUCCCAAUACCCUCGUUCCUCUCCUCGGCUUUCUCUAUAUCUCGCUGUACUAUCGCAGACGUGGAUGAUUUGGCCGAAAUUUAUUAUUGCGCGUUCCAGGUGGACCGCCGGAACACUUUCUGGUGGUCAGAGGAUAAGGAGGCCAUGAUGACAUGGAUGAAGCGCCGCAUCCGUAAGAAGAUGGCUGAUCGGAGUACCAGACACUUCAAGGUUACCGACGUACAGAGCGGCGAAAUGGUUGCAUUUACUAGGUGGGACAUCCCUGAAGGACACGAGACAGCUUUCGGGGCAUGGGAAGAAGAUCUACCUGCGAAUAGCGCGACUCCUAGUGCUAUUACGCCUCCUAUGAUAGAUAUUCCAGAAGGCGCCCAACCGGAAUUGUGCUUAGAGUUCUUCAACGCACUCAGCGUUAUGUCGGAAAAGCAGAACGCGAAAGAGAUGCUAGGUUUAUCGCUCCUCUGUACGUCGCCAAAUUACCACAGGAGGGGUGCUGCGAAGGCAAUGAUGUUGCCUAUGUUAGCUCUGGCCGACACUCGCGGUCUAAAGGCAUACCUUGAGGCAACACCCGAUGGCAAGCCUAUAUAUGAAAAGUUAGGCUUCCGAGAAAUAGAUCAGCUCAAUUUCGACCUUGAGAAGUUGACGGGCACGUUUGAGGGGAUAUACAAGAUCUCCAUUAUGGUACGAGAGCCAAAGCCAAUAUGACAGCAUGAGAAUCGGGUCCUGCAUACCUAGGUAGAGAAAGGAUUCCAGUUCUCUCUGGAUAUAAGCUCGUGGGAAUUGUAGGAUACCUAGGUAAUGUACCAGGUAGGUAAGUCAUAUCUAGGACCUAGGUACCUACUCAUGAACAGCGCAGUCUAACUGCGUCGAAAAGAUCGUAAUAUACCUACCUACAUAGAUUCUACACCAAGUAAAAUACGUUGUACUCAACGUCGCUUAUAAUACCCCGUCCGGGAUACGGUAUUCGGUACAGGUCCUAAGAAGUCAUGACUCAACGGCUAUCGGCGAAUUAUUUUGUAAAGCUGGGUGUUACCUAGAGAAGGGAUGAUAUUUGACCCCUUGCGGUGG